GGGGUUGUCUGGGUGGAAAGACUGCAAUGAAAUGGGUUCGGUGAGAGAGGAGCUCUGUAACGUUGCGUACGUCGGAGAAGUGUUUCCCGUGCUGGCAAGAAAACCUACACAAUAACGAUCUUUUUCUGUGUGGUAUCCCUCGCUUUUGUGUGUUCAAUUUCUAGAAAAUUCGCCACUUACUGUUAUUGUCAGUGUUUUUUUAGUAGAAGGGUUAACGUAACAGUUUUUUUUACGGAGAAACUUUCCAAAGGAGUAACAACGAGCUAGGUUUGUGGAGGUUUAUGUCAGGAUGGCCCAGUGGAACCAGUUACAGCAGCUGGAGACCAGGUAUCUGGAGCAGCUCUACCACUUGUACAGUGACAGCUUCCCCAUGGAGCUGCGGCAGUUCCUUGCCCCCUGGAUUGAGAGUCAGGACUGGGCUUACGCUGCCAAUAAGGAGUCACACGCCACCCUGGUGUUUCACAACCUCUUGGGAGAAAUAGACCAGCAGUAUAGCCGUUUCCUGCAGGAGAACAAUGUACUCUACCAACAUAACCUGCGCAGGAUUAAACAGCAUCUGCAGAGCAAGUACUUGGAGAAGCCGAUGGAUAUUGCCCGCAUUGUUGCUCGCUGUCUGUGGGAGGAGCAAAGACUGCUGCAGACGGCCACCACAGCUGUACAGGAAGGCCAGGCAGCACAUCCCACUGGGACAGUAGUGACAGAGAAGCAGCAGAUUCUGGAGCACAACCUUCAAGACAUCAGGAAGCGGGUGCAGGAUAUGGAACAGAAGAUGAAAAUGCUUGAGAACUUGCAGGAUGACUUUGACUUCAAUUACAAGACAUUGAAGAGUCAAGGAGAGUUGUCCCAGGACCUAAAUGGGAACAGCCAAGCAGCUGCUACCAGACAGAAGAUGGCUCAGCUUGAGCAGAUGCUGAGCGCACUGGACCAGCUGAGGAGGCAAAUUGUGACAGAGAUGGGAGGCUUGUUGACCGCCAUGGAUUAUGUACAGAAGAACCUGACUGAUGAAGAACUGGCAGACUGGAAGAGAAGGCAGCAAAUUGCCUGUAUUGGAGGACCACCUAACAUCUGCCUGGACCGCCUCGAAACAUGGAUCACAUCCUUGGCUGAGUCCCAGCUCCAGAUUCGUCAGCAGAUCAAGAAGCUGGAAGAGCUUCAGCAGAAGGUGUCCUACAAAGGAGACCCCAUCAUCCAGCACCGGCCCGCCCUGGAGGAGAAGAUUGUGGACUUGUUCAGAAACCUGAUGAAGAGUGCUUUUGUGGUUGAAAGGCAGCCAUGUAUGCCCAUGCAUCCAGACAGACCUCUGGUCAUAAAAACAGGAGUGCAGUUCACAAAUAAAGUGAGGUUACUGGUAAAGUUUCCUGAACUCAAUUACCAGCUGAAAAUUAAAGUUUGCAUUGACAAGGAAUCUGGGGAUGUCGCCGCAAUUCGAGGGUCACGAAAGUUUAACAUCCUUGGUACCAACACAAAAGUUAUGAACAUGGAAGAAUCCAACAAUGGCAGCCUGUCAGCAGAGUUUAAACACUUGACCCUGAGAGAACAGAGGUGUGGUAAUGGUGGCCGGACCAAUAGCGACGCCUCUCUGAUUGUCACAGAGGAGCUCCAUCUUAUCACUUUUGAGACAGAAGUCUAUCAUCAAGGCCUGAAGAUCGAUCUGGAGACUCAUUCCCUGCCUGUGGUAGUCAUUUCUAACAUCUGCCAGAUGCCCAAUGCCUGGGCUUCCAUCCUGUGGUACAACAUGCUCACUAACCACCCAAAGAAUGUGAACUUCUUCACCAAGCCUCCAGUUGGGACAUGGGACCAGGUAGCUGAGGUUCUAAGCUGGCAAUUCUCCUCCACCACCAAGCGAGGCCUGACCAUUGAACAGCUCACCACACUGGCUGAGAAAUUACUAGGGCCAUGUGUCAACUACUCUGGCUGUCAGAUCACUUGGGCCAAGUUCUGUAAGGAAAACAUGGCUGGCAAAGGCUUCUCCUUCUGGGUGUGGCUAGACAAUAUCAUUGACCUGGUGAAGAAAUAUAUCCUGGCACUGUGGAAUGAAGGGUAUAUCAUGGGCUUUAUUAGUAAGGAGAGGGAGAGGGCCAUUCUUAGUCCAAAACCUCCUGGCACUUUUCUGCUGCGCUUCAGUGAAAGCAGCAAGGAGGGUGGCAUUACAUUUACAUGGGUAGAGAAAGACAUCAGUGGAAAGACCCAGAUGCAGUCAGUGGAGCCCUACACCAAGCAGCAGCUCAACAGCAUGUCUUUCGCUGACAUCAUCAUGGGCUACAAGAUCAUGGAUGCCACCAACAUCCUGGUUUCACCUCUCGUGUACCUCUACCCUGAUAUCCCCAAAGACGAAGCUUUUGGUAAAUACUGCAGGCCAGAAGCAGCUCCUGAACCUGAGAUGGGAGGCGACUCUACGAGCACUAUUCAGCCAUACUUGAAGACAAAGUUCAUCUGCGUUACCCCGUGUCCCUCCGUGUUCAUGGACUUGCCGGACAGUGAGCUGCUUGGGAACGGCUUCCCAGGCACAAACUCUGGAAACACGAGUGACCUGUUCCCCAUGUCGCCCCGCACCCUCGACUCCCUGAUGCACAAUGAAGCUGAAGCUAAUUCAGGACAUUUGGACUCACUUACUUUGGACAUGGAUGUAGCAUCACCUAUGUGAUCAGAUUUGUCAAUUUUCUUCAUUUUUCUUUGUUGGGAUUUGGUAUUAUGUCAGGAUAGAGGGUUUUAAUGAUGAUUUAUUUUUCUGCCUCUGUGCACACAAUUUGCCUGUACAGUUUGUUUCUUGUUUCUGUGUAAAAAAAAGAAAAGAAAAAAAGACUUAGUUUCACACCAAAGGGAACUUAAUGAUUUUGGAAGAUGAUCUUUUAAAAGAGCACUUCCACACAUUUAAGUUUUGACUGUCCACAGCUCAGUGUGUUAAACUGUUGAUUGAUACUGAUCUGUUGUAUUUUUAGCAACAUCCUGCUCCUAUUCAGUACUUCCUCAUCUGCAUAGAUGUUUUGAGUACAUUUUUAAGUAUUUGGAAUUAUAUUUUUUCAGAACAUUGUAUUUUUGCGUUAUUGACUUUUUAAAAUGGUUAUGACUUCAUGUGUUCUUUUCUUUGAAUAUGAAAAUGUAAGAAUAAUUGUUGUAUAAGCUAUGUCGCUUUGAAAUUGUACCGCUUGAAUGCAUUUAUUGGUCCUUUUUUAAAUAUGUUUUGUCGCAUUUCCUAAUCCCUGCCAAAUGUUUUGUCCCAGGUGUUGUGUUCCACAAUACCUUGGUUUCAUUUACAAUGGUUGCUGUUUUUUAUGAUAGCUUUUACUCCAAAUGAAAUAUUUCUUAUAUUUCUCCGAGCCAUUUAAAGCGUUUAAAAACUGCAGAGAGAAGAAAAGACAAGGAAUUUAAUAAGACACUUCUGAGGUUAUUUUCCCGUAAGAUUUUUUCCCUUAUAGUGUUGUGAGAAAUUGCGUGAUAUAACCUGUAAAAGUGGUUCUCUGAAAAGCUUUUUGGUCACUCCCACUUAAAUACUGUCAUUUGUGAUCAUGUGAAUUACGCUUGCUUUUGAAAUGAGCAGUUUGAAUAUUUUUGUUGCGCCUGAAUUCCUUGAUCAGAUAUGUAAUGUAAAGCAUUUUAUGAACAAUUUAUUUUAAGACAAAAUUGUUAUCAAAAUAACCAUGAAUGCUUAAGAAAGAUAUUUUACUCUUAACAGAGUGUACCCAGCAAGGUGCGUCGCACUUGACUUUUAACCUUUUCAUACAGUUAUGUAAGUAAACCCCGUCAGCUGAGUUUGAUGCAAGCAACGUUUGUCUGUCAAGCCGUGAAAUGUCAAGAUGAUUUCUGUAAAAUACGCUGUAACUAUUCAUUAUUUGACAGAAUGCAAUAAAAACAAGUUAGCACUAAAAGUA